AUGAUCCGAAUUCGUGUGUUAUUCUGCCUAUUUAUAUCCUUUAUUGCAGUGGUACAAUCGAGUGCUACAAUAAUAAGCUCUUCGUGUGUUUCUCAAGCUUCACUCUACCAGUUCGGGUGUUCUAGUAGUAGGACUCUAAGUUGCUACUGUAAUAACGUCAAUUGGCUGGGCUCAGUAACCGCAUGUGCCUAUGAAAACUCUAAGUCUAACAAGACGUUAGACAGCACCUUAAUGAAACUUGCCGCACAAUGUUCAAGCAUCAAAGUUUACACUUUAGAGGACAUGAAGAAAAUUUAUUUAAACGCCUCAAAUUAUUUAAGAGCUCCUGUGAAAAGCGACACGAAACUUGUGGUUAAUCAACCUCUAACGGCGAACGAGACAGCGUACCAUUACUAUUACGAAGUCAGUUAUGGUACACAUCUUAACCUAAUGCGUUCUCAAUGGUGUGCCUGGGGUCUUGUCUUCUUUUGGGUGGUCGUGCUUGCUGUCGCCACUGUUUUCAAUAUUAUGAAAAGGAUAUUCGGUAAAAGCAUUGUGCCAAACUCCAUCAAAAAAUCACUUAUUUAUCCCUCCGUCUAUAAAGAUUAUCAUGAAAGGACCUUUUAUCUAUGGAAACGUCUGCCAUUCAAUUUCCCAACUAGAGGCAGAGGUCUAGUUGUGUUAGUCUUUGUUAUUUUGACUAUAUUGUCCCUAAGUUUCGGCCAUAAUAUCAAACUUCCUCACCCCUAUGAUAGACCUAGAUGGAGAAGAAGUAUGGCUUUCGUAAGUCGCAGAGCGGAUUUAAUGUCUGUUGCACUUUUCCCUAUAGUUUAUCUAUUUGGAAUAAGAAAUAACCCUUUCAUUCCCAUAACAGGCAUUUCGUUCUCCGCAUUCAAUUACUAUCACAAAUGGUCUGCAUACGUCUGUUUUAUGUUGGCUGUUGUUCAUUCGAUUGUCAUGACAGCUUCAGGAGUCAAAAGGGGUGUUUUCCAGGCUUUAGUACGCAAAUUAUACUUUAGAUGGGGUAUAGUAGCAACGAUAUUGAUGUCUGUGAUUAUUUUCCAAAGUGAGAAAGUUUUUAGAAAUAAAGGGUACGAAAUUUUCCUUCUUAUUCAUAAAGCUAUGAAUAUUAUGUUCAUUAUUGCCAUGUAUUAUCAUUGCCAUACUCUGGGCUGGAUGGGCUGGAUUUGGUCAAUGGCAGGUAUAUUAUGCUUUGAUAGGUUCUCGAGAAUUGUAAGAAUCGUUAUGAAUGGAGGCUUGAAAACUGCUACGUUAAGCACUACCGCUGAUUCCAAUGUUAUUAAAAUUUCGGUGAAAAAACCGAAGUUCUUCAAAUAUCAAGUGGGUGCUUUUGCAUACAUGUAUUUCCUAUCACCAAAGAGUGCAUGGUUCUACAGUUUUCAAUCCCAUCCAUUUACAGUAUUAUCAGAACGACACCGUGAUCCAAACAACCCGGAUCAAUUAACCAUGUAUGUCAAGGCAAACAAGGGUAUCACUCGGGUUUUAUUGUCAAAAGUCCUUAGCGCUCCAAAUCACACUGUGGAUUGCAAAAUAUUCUUGGAAGGUCCAUAUGGUGUAACAGUACCACAUAUAGCUAAAAUAAAAAGAAAUUUAGUAGGCGUAGCCGCUGGCUUGGGUGUUGCGGCUAUUUAUCCACACUUUGUUGAAUGUUUGCGUCUACCAUCCACUGAACAGUUCCAGCAUAAGUUCUACUGGAUUAUCAAUGACCUAUCGCACCGAGAAUGGUUUGAAAAUGAACUGCAGUGGUUGAAGGAGAGGAAUUGUGAAGUUUCAGUCAUAUUCACUGGUUCUAGUUGUGAGGAUACAAAUUCUGACGAGAGUACAAAGGGCUUCGACGACAAAGAAGACGGUAAAAUCACUGUGAGAUGCCUCAACAAAAGACCUGACUUGGAGGAACUAGUACGUUCUGAAAUUAAACUCUCGGAACUAGACAACAAUAACGUCACCUUUUAUUCUUGCGGGCCAGCAACCUUCAACGAUGACUUUAGACACGCAGUCGUUCAAGGUUUAGAUUCUUCUUCGAAGAUUGAUGUUGAACUAGAAGAAGAAAGUUUUACAUGGUAA